GAGUUUUCUUUUCAGCACAAUGUCGAUCAGCGCGGCUCUCAGGGUUUGCGUGUGGAUCACACUCGGUGUCUGUGGGUUUGGGGGCUCCCGGAAGGAUGUCUCAGCUGUGCUGCAUGGUGGCCUUCCUUCUCAGGGCUUCUCCAGAUCAGUUAGUGAUACCAACCUGAUGUAUGAGAUCCUGUUGGGAGGGCUAGUGAUAGACACAGAUGACAACAUCGCCCUGCGGGACCAGGAGCUAGCAUCCAUGAGACAGGGCCGGGCUUUCAUCUCCUUCUUUAAUGAUUACGUGCCCAAGACCCUCUUUGCCAUGGAGCAACUGCUGGCUACAUUGGAGGGCCAAGGAAAGCCCCUUGGGUCAACCCGCUUUGAAACCCUCAUCCUGGGGACUGUCUACUCUGCCUACCAGGUGCGGCAGCAGGAACAGGAGGAGGCUCAGGUGGCUUGGAGUGGGGUCCUGGCCCGCUUGGCUAAUGUCACCCUCAUUGACCUGCGUAUGGAGAACGCACCCAAUUAACUUUCAAUCAACCAGUUAAUCAAUGUUUAGCCCCAGAUCAACAAGUAAAUAACACAUAGAGAUGUAUUUUUGUUUUUCCCAAAUUUUUCGAUUUACUACAGAUACAAAGUUGGGUUUACAAGAAAACAAAUCACUUCCACCCCGGAAAAUCAGACACAUAUGAGAUGCCCAGAUGCAAAGAUUUUCUACAUGCAUUUAUCCUUGUACAAUAAAAAAAUAACCAAAAGAGGUGGAGAAUAGGGAUGUAACCAGUCUGUUGAUUCAUUGACUGUCAGCUUGCAUAUUUACAAUUAAACCUUUUUUUUUUUCAAAACUGUUCAGAAUAGAAGAGGACCUUUAAAUGUUACUGGGUGUUAUAGGAUGAUACUCUAUGACGGGUAGGGCUUUCUUUGUCCCAUUCCAAGCUUUUCUGUUGAAGAGAUGGUGAGCUUGUGUAUUUACUUGUGUACAACAUAUUUUACAUGCGAUGGCAUGUGAUUGCAGAGAAAUAAGUGUUAAAUGACUCAGUUCUAUGUACUAAUACAAGUCUUAUUAAUCUUGUCACAUUGCUAUAUUAUUGAUGUAGUCAAAUAUUUAACAUGAUAUACCUUUAAAGUUGGUCUAAACUGGUCAGUACAUCUAUGGGAGAAGAAUGCUGCAUUUUGCAAA